AUGUGGAAUUCCAAUGAUCCAUUGAUUUUGUCGUUUGAUUUGUCUGAUGAGGUGUUUCAAACGAUGAUGUUACCAAAUGGUAUGGUAGGCGUGAGCACGGAGGAGAUGUGGACUUCAGUCUUUGGGGGAUUGCUUUCUCUGUUAUGUUACGAAGAUGCUGCUCCAAACCAGUAUUGUUCCGUUUGGAUAAUGAAAGAGUAUGGUGUAGUCGAUUCUUGGUGUAAACAGUUCACAGUUGAUCUAAGCGGGGGAAUUACAGAGGUAUUAGGUAUGCGAAAUAAUGGUCAUGUAUUAUUGGAGACAAAAACGACUAGGAAUUGGGUGCUUUCUUCAUAUGACCCUUCGAACCAUCAAAUUAAGAAUUUGGGAAUUCAUGCUAGUUCCUACCAUUUUGUUGUUGAUACUUACGAGGAGAACCUUGUCUUACUCAACAAACCAAAUGAUGCAUUUUCUUGA